UAUUAAAAAAAAAGUAAACUGUCAAUUGUCAAAAGAUACUAGAUUGUAGAUAGCGCAAAGAGCGAACUGCAAAGCAGAGUAGAAGAAAGGUUUUAAGGGCUGUCGGUAAUCCAUAAAAAAAUUAUAUAGCGGCCAUAAAUAUGCUAUCACGAGUAGCUUUGCGUUCAGUCGCAGGCCAACAGUCUGUAUCAACAACCCUGGUAGCCCGCACAUCUGCAACUAGCACAGAGGUAGUUGGAGUGCGGGAUGAAAAGAACUUCCCCAGACCAGUGAGGGGAGAACCAGGCAAAGUCAGACUUGGGUUCAUUCCAGAAGAAUGGUUUCAGUUCUUCCACUCUAAAACAGGAGUAACUGGACCAUACACAUUUGGUGUUGGUCUAACCACAUACCUGUGCAGCAAGGAGAUUUAUGUUAUGGAGCAUGAGUACUACACUGGUCUCUCAAUUAUUCUUAUGGUCUACUAUGCUACCACUAGAUUUGGACCCAAAAUUGCCAAAUGGUUGGACAGCGAAGUUGAUAAAGUGGAAACAGAUUUGAACUCUGAUCGUGUGGAGACUCUCAAGUUCUUGGAAGAGACCAUUGCCAGCGAGAAGGAUGCCCAGUGGCGCGCCCAAGGUCAAGAGCUGCUGGUUCAGGCCAAGAAAGAGAAUGUGCUGCUGCAGCUGGAAGCGGCUUACAGAGAACGGCUCAUCAACACCUACCAAGAGGUCAAACGCCGGCUGGACUUCCAGUUGGAAAAGACAGCUCUGGAACGACGCUUCGAACAGAAGCACCUGGUUGAUUGGGUCGUGACUAACGUAUCUCGUGCCAUCACCCCCGACCAGGAGAAACAGACCCUCGACCGCUGCAUCGCCGACCUCGCCGCGCUCGCUAAGAAGUGAACAGUGAACUUCACACACAAUAUGUUAAUAAAUCAUGAGUUUUAGUUUCA